AUGGCGAAUCUCGCAGCUUGGGCUCUCCCUCGGCUUAGCCAGCUCCUCCCACUGGAUGAGGAGUCUUUAAAACAGAUCCUUGACUACUCAGCUGGUCUUCCCAAAGAUGCCUGCGCCGAUCAUCUCAAGAAUCUUCUCGGCGAUUCCCCCGCAGCUCUAGAAUUCAUCACCUCAUUCAAUGCACGCCGCGAUACACCAACGGCGACCUCUACCCACGACAUGCCGUCCGCAAAUAACACUCGUUCCAGGGGAAGAAGCAAGAAGGAAAAGAAGCCGCUGCACAGCGCUGGUCCGCCACGCCGCCCAGACAACUACGGCAAUGUGGGAGGAGCCUACAUGAAGGCGGAGAAGGUGGAAGACUACAUGUCUGCCAGAAAACCCCCCUUGCCGGUAUCGACAUCUGAUUUCUCUGCGUCUGGUCCAUCUGCAUCAUCGCGCAAUCAGUCACCGAAGCCUAUCUCCUCCAAACCUCCCCCGUCAGCCUCGGGCCCGAUGCUGUCAGAUAUGCUGCCGAACGUGCGCGCAAAAACAAGCAAACCAACACGACAAUCUGGCAACAUCAGACCUACCAAGGGCGAUUCUCUCACAACCAACAAUAUAUCUGAUCUGACGGCCGCUAUCGCUGCCCUAGAGGUAUCAACCAACCCCAAUUUGAGCACCGAGAGACGAAAAUGUACCUGCUACGCGUCAAUCCAUCCAUUAUUUGAUCCGGCUCCUAACUGUCUGAAUUGUGGCAAAAUCAUUUGUGCACUGGAGGGUUUACAACCAUGCUCCUUUUGCGGCACCCCGCUUCUAUCCGCAGAAGAAGUACAAAGCAUGAUCCGAGAACUUCGGAAUGAGCGCGGCCAGGAGAAGAUGCGUGCUCACAAUGAAGGUGUUCAUCACGAAGGGGGGCCACGACCAGUCUCUGGGUCAGGAUCGGCAUCUCCUAGCAAACUCGACGCUGCCAGGGCACACCGCGACAAGCUGCUGAACUUUCAAGCACAGAAUGCCCAGCGGACCAAAGUUGUUGAUGAGGCAGCCGACUUUGAAACCCCUAACACCGCUGCGACGUUGUGGAUGAGCCCGGCACAGCGAGCUCUCGCGCUGAAAAAGCAGCAGCGCAUCCAGCGUGAGCUGGAAGAAAAAGCCAGGCCGGAGUGGGAGAAGAAAAAGACCGUGAUGAGCCUUGAUAUUACGGGCGGAAAGGUUCGACGAGUAUAUCAAUCUGCGGCCGUGGAGUUGACGCCAGAGCCCAAUGAGCAGGACAUGAUAGAUCCUGAUGCAGAAGAACCAUCCGAACCUUCUUCUCGGCAUGCAUUCAGUAAGAACCCGCUUCUUGCUGCUGGCGGGUUAAUGCGGCCUGUUUGGCGCGCUCCGGAUGGCAAGCCAACUGAGAAAAUGGAAAGAACAGAGCUGAAACAAACAUGGCGACGUGUGCAGGAUGACAACGAUGACAAUGAAUCAUGGAUAUUGGACGGGGGGCUCCAUGGACAUGGUACAUGA